CUUCCAUCCCUAAUUACGACAGCACAUGGAUUUGUUUUGUUUACAUCGCGCGCGUAGAAUUUCGUGAUAGUAUUUCAAUUAUGUUGGCGCCCAUUAAACACUUGUUGAGCAACUAUCGUGUGGUGCUGGCCAGUGGCUCUCCUCGCCGCCAGGAGCUUGUGCAAAUGCUGGGUCUCAAUGCGGAAUUGUGUCCUUCGACAUUCGAGGAGAAUCUCAACUUGGCGGACUUUAAAGAGUUCUCCGACUACAUUGAGGCCACCGCACUUGGCAAGGCGGAGGAAGUCUUCAGCCGCUUGAGCAGCACAGGUGAUGGUAAACAGUUGCUGGUGAUUGCUGCCGAUACGAUGGUCACACUAGGCAAAGAGAUUUACGGUAAGCCGAAAGAUGCCGCCGAUGCCGUCCGCAUGCUGACCAAUUUAUCAGGUGCCUGCAAUCGGGUCUUUACGGGCGUGGUGCUCAAACAUGCUAACGGAGUACGUCAAUUUACGGAUACGGCCGAUGUUUACUUUGGCGAACUGUCGGCGGCACAAAUCCAAAGCUAUGUGGACAGCGGUGAUCCACUCGACAAGGCAGGCGCCUAUGGAGUACAGGGACCUGGUGGAGCGUUGAUUCCCCGCAUCGAUGGUGACUUCUACUGUGUGAUGGGUCUGCCAUUGAAUCGUCUGUGCUGCGAGUUGAACAAGCUCUUUCUGGAGGAUUUGACAAACUAAUAACCACAACAAAAGUAAAGAAAUCAGCUAACACUUCUUGUCAGUCGCUCGCUUAUCACAAUCCGAAGAGAAAAGUUCUAAUCUGUUGCAACGUCAGAGGCUAUACUUAACUGAUAACGCGUUCUGUUUGUAUUCGUAAUUGUAUACUUUUGUUUCUCCGUAGACUAAGUCAAGAGUACAAAUUAAAACAAGGCCUUUAAAAGUCAAACUGCUGUGUUGUUUUAUGGUAAAUUACUCAAGAAAUUACCAACAUAAUCUUAUAGAGUUGCUACGUACUUAAAAUACAAUAACUUGAAUAUUAUUCAGUUAAAAUUAAUCAAUGUUAAAGCUAAAUAAU